AUGCUGGGCAGUUUAUUGAGAAGAAGUUCUCCUAAUGCGGGGCAUAAUUUAAGGAACUCGCAUCAGCAUCAACACCAGGGUCAAAAUGCGUACGACAUCUCACCGAUGUUAUCAAAUUCAACUAUAUCCACGAUAACUGCGGCAACGAAUAAUACACCAGCUCCCAGUUUGGAAUCUAUUCAUUUGAAUAGACCAGAAGAACCAUGUUCUUGCACAGAUGCCGUCUGCUCAACUCUUCCAAUGCUGGAUCACGUGUCAGAUGAAUUAAAGUACAAGCUCUUUGCCUCCAAGAACAUGAAUUAUGGUACUGCUUCCUAUUCCACAUCCACUACAUGUUCAUCUUAUGCCUUUCGCGUGCUUAUUGUGGAGGAACAGGCUCAAAUGACGAAUAAGAAUAAUUAUACAGUCGUUUUGGACUAUUCCACGGCGAAUGAAUCCACAAACUACGGGCAGAUAAGGCCCAAUGAACUGAAGGAAUAUAUAUUUGGUUCUCCAGUGAGAUCUAAGGAGUCCCUCCAGGAAAACAAAUUCAGGACUAUACCGAAUUCUGAGCUGGUCAUGAUAACAAGAAUUUUUCACUCACCUAAAUCGAAUAAUAGAUUAGCAGUCUCAAUUUGUGUACCGAUGGAACUCUUAUCGAUCAUUUCCGAGGCAUGGACACAAGUUUCUCAAUGGCUGGAUGAGUGUCAAGGUAUCCUUCUUGGUAUACUGAGGAAACGUUCUAAGUGCAACUGCUACUUUUUGCCAAAUAACAUGAAAGAAACUCAUCCAAAGGAAUGUCAGAGCGUAAUUUCACUUUUACAAAGAAAACUGAUUCCAUGUUUAAAAUCUACCUCUCAGAUUCCGAGAUUAUUCUUGUAUCCGGAAACAUUUCAGAGUUUCGUUGGAACGUGGUUUAAAGAUAUUUUCAGUUGGAUUGGUAUUAAAGAUGGCCCACGGCUGAAUUUCCUGCCUGCAUUACUGGCUAAAAUUAUCUGUGAUUUUCAAAAUCCGACAAAAGCUCAAUAUACAACUAGAAUAGUCAUAAUGUCUGGUAACAUGGUCGUUGCUAAUAAAUUAAUUUUUAUUUUGUCAGGUUUGUUGGAGCCCAGAUAUCGUGGUGAUGUUGAACUCAAGAGUGAGCAAGAAAAAAUCUCGCACAGCCAAGAGUCAUUUCAAAAACCCGAUAAUUCUAAAAAAGCAUCGUCUUUUUUAGAAACAUCCAACACUGAUCUUACGAAAUCUUCAUCCACUAGAAGACCAUGGGAAAUUCCCUACAAUAAUAGCAGCAGCAGUGUUGUCUCUGUCUCAUCUAAUGAAUCCUUAGCGCAUGUUAUACAGCCAUCAUCUUUGAAGAGUAGCAGCAACUCUCUCCAGUACCUUUCCUCGUCCUUGUCGAGUCAACAAGGUUCAUCGUACGGCUCUUGGUUCAAGAAGAGGCCUAACGUAACUCAACUACUGCAUGGUAGUCCCUCCGCUAAGUCCAGUGAUCAAUGGGAGAAGAACUCCACAGGAAGUGUUAGAAAAAACUCGAGCAACUCAUCCCUCCACCAGAUGUUUUCAAAGAAUAUGGGCUAUGGUACACCUCAACAGUCGCCUUCGAUAAAUGAAUAUGACGAAUACCCAUGGUUCGGUACACCAACUACCUGCAAAACCGAAUCUACAGCGCACCAUUCUACGGUCAGUUAUAAUGGCAAUAUCUUAGGAGAGGUUAAUAUUGAGAGAGACCCUCAAAGGCUGAACCAGACGGAUUUGCUGGAUGACGCAUUUAAUCAAAUUUGUAGGCCGGAUUCUAAGUCGCAAGGCUCUGAGUAUGAGAUCGUUCCUGGAGAUUCGCGGCAUGCGGCUUUCAUGCAGAUUGAUGUCGAUUACGAUACCGUGAAUCAGAGCAUUCCCUCAGAGCUGCUACCUAGAUAUACAACAUAUUUGACGAAUUUUAACCGCUGGUUCAACCUCCAGGCUUUUCCCGUAUCUUCGGAAUCCGAAUCAAGAGUUAUAAGCAAUAUGAGAAAAGACAUACAGACAAACGAUCACAAUGUAGAUUCAAAUGCGAGCUCUAAAACACUUUUGGUAUCGUUAAGAUCUCGUGAAAUUAAAGAGAUAACUAUUAUGAGAAAUGAUUUGCAUUCAAUCACCACUCCCAGUCACGGUAUAGUUCAAAAAACGAAGAAAAUUUUCAAUAAUGGUAAAUGUGGUAAUAUUUCAACAAGAUUGAUCAACUGCAUUGCUUUUGUCAAUGCUAGUAUAAAAAAAGCAAUGGAUAUCUAUGAUGACGCUGACGUGAUACAAGAGCAAAAAGAUGAAGAAAUUCAUAGGAUUUUUAUAUCUUUAUUACAUUACACGAGAAACAACUCUGCGUGA